AUGAUGUUUCGCGACCAGGUGGGCGUGUUAGCCAGCUGGUUCAAGGGGUGGAACGAGUGCGAGCAAACGGUGGCUCUGCUGUCCCUGCUGAAGAGGGUGAGCCGGACCCAGGCCCGCUUCCUGCAGCUCUGUCUGGAGCACUCUCUCGCCGAGUGCACCGAACUGCAGGUCCUGGAGGGAGAGGCCAACAACCCAGGUGUGAUAAGCCAAUGGCAGAGCGAGCCGAAAGAACGCGUCAUCUCGCUCGUCCUCACACAUCUCCCGCUCCUCAAACCCGGCAACAUAGAAGCCAAGGGUGAGUACAUGCGCCUGCUGCCUCGCAUCCUGGCCCACACCAUCGAGCACGGCCACCACCUGGAAGAGUCCCGCCAGCUCCUGUCCUACGCCCUCAUCCACCCCGCCACCUCCCUGGAGGACCGCGCCGCCCUAGCGCUCUGGCUCAACCACCUGGAGGAGAGGGCAGCCGCCAGGGGAGACUCCCUGGAGAGACCACCUCCCUCAGGUCCUCACCACCACCACCAGUCUACACCUCCAUCCACCCUCACUUCGUCAGGAUCCUCCUCUUCCUCCACCAACAACUCUUCGUCAGGAAACCUCUACUCUUUGCAUCACCACCAGCGCUACGGCUCGGACGACCGCCUCAACGGGUGGCAGAGCUCCAGGGACUCGGGGCUGGGCGGAGGCUGGCAUCAGCAGCAGCAGGGCUGUGAGAACGGGCACCUGCUGCUUUACCCGUCGUCCUCUGUGCCGGCAACCAUCAAUACGGUGGGAACCGGUGGAGGCGGUAACACUAUCCUGACGAGCGGAGGCGGCAGUCAGCAGCACAGUCCCCUGAAGCGCUCCGUGUCUCUCACCCCUCCGAUGAGCGGCCCCAGCAACCAGCCUCUGGGCCACGUCUGGCUCUCUCAGGAGGACCUACCGACCGCCAGAGGCCCCGCCCUGGACCACGCGCCCCUGUCUCCCCAGAGCAGCAUCGCCUCCUCAGGUAGCGGAGGCAGCGAGCACCUGGAAGAGGCCGGUUUAGGAGGAGGCUCAAGUCUGCAUCGUAGCUCCUUCCACGAGGAGGGCAGCGGCAUGAGAGAUGUUCCUGCGUGGCUGAAGAGUCUCCGUCUCCACAAGUACGCUGCGCUCUUCUCCACCUUGACCUACGAUGAGAUGAUGUCACUGACUGAAGAGCAGCUCGAAGCACAGAAAGUCACCAAAGGAGCAAGACACAAGAUCGUCAUCAGCAUUCAGAAGCUCAAAGAGAGGCAGAACCUCCUACGCAGCUUGGAAAAGGACGUGUUGGAGGGCAGUAAUCUGCGUGCCCCGCUACAGGAACUCCACCAGAUGAUCAUGACACCCAUCAAGGCUUUCAGCGGUGGUGAGGAGGCCUCCCUGCAGCGCCCCCUUCUGACCCCAGAGGGCAAAAGCGCCGCACCUGGCUCCCACCUGGCAGGAGGCGGAGGGGAAGCUGAGUCAGGCACCAGCUUGAUUGCAGAGGGGGAUCUACCUGGCCAGUUCACUCGUGUCAUGGGCAAAGUUUGCACCCAGCUGCUGGUGUCGAGGUCAGACGAGGACAACAUCAGCUCCUACCUACAACUCAUCGACAAGUGCCUUAUCCAUGAGUCCUUCACUGAGACGCAGAAGAAGAGGCUGUUGUCAUGGAAACAACAGGUCCAGAGGCUGUUCCGGUCCAUUCCUAGGAAAACCCUCCUUGACAUAGCAGGGUACCGACCGCAGAGGAGCCGUGGAUUCGGCCAGUCCAACUCGCUCCCCACCGCUAGCUGUGUUGGGAGCAGCGUGUCGGCCAGGAGGAGCCUUCGCCAGUUCCAGAUGCCCUCCAGGAGCUUGCCUGGUGCCAGGCUGAGCCUGCUGGGCAGCGGGGGGCUGCUGGGACCCACACCUCGGAGCUCCAGCAGCACGCCCACCGGCCCCAAACAGGGGAGACAAGGUCUGUGGUUUGCCAACCCCGGAGGCAGCAACAGCAUGCCCAGUCGGACCCACAGCUCCGUGCAGCGGACCCGCUCCCUGCCGGUUCACACUACGCCACAAACCAUGGUCAUGUUCCAGCAAGCCGAUCUUCAGUUACCAGUGACGGAGCCAGACAUCAACAAUCGCCUUGAGUCUCUGUGUCUGAGUAUGACAGAGCACGCCUUGGGAGACGGAGCCGACCGCACAUCAACAAUAUGAAAUGAGGACCUGAGUGAGAGCAGCGGGACAGCGCAGGUUCACAAGGCUCUCUUACGAUAAGUCACCUCGAGGUCACCGGCCCUCCCGUCCCCUCUCCCUGUAGCCAAUGGUAGAGCUCAACCAAAGGACCGGGCGGGAUCCAAGAAACACAAGAGAGCCGAUCAUCCAACGGCUAACACAAGCUAUCACAUUGGCACCGUCCAUCGGGUCGCAAAAACACACUUCCUGCUACGCCAGCAUGCUCACAGUCACCUGCGUCUGGGUGAGGAGAGACAAAAGCAUUGAAAAUGGCCUGGACGGUGUGUGAACAGCGCCCCCCUGGGGGGGCCAGAAGCAUUACUACAGUCCACUCAGCCCCAGCAGAAGGGAGACGCUGGGCUGUGGAUCAGGGCCCAGUGAGACUGAGGCCCUCUCCCUCUCCGACACCCCUCUGGUCCCUGCACGUCGACCACAGCUCGUGGCACCUUUCAAAAACCCAUAACAGUACCUCAGACACAGAAACAAGACGAGACAAGCAGAGCUACACGACACCGAAGGAAGCGCAGGAUUUCCUUGACUGUUUUCAGUGAGGACCGAGUGUCCAGCGAGGACGCUUGUAAAGCUCGGCAAGGCAUCUCGCUCAACAUUGGGUGGCAAAAAAAAAAUUUGUAUUUUAUGUAUUUAUUGUUUACAUAAUGAUGCUACUUUCAAAGGGUACAGAAACAUGAAUUUCAGGUAUGAACGGUGUAAUAUUCUGUAAAGCCUCGGCUGCCCACCAGCUUUACGUCCCAUGAGUAGCCAUCACAC